AGCUGCUAGGGUUGCAGUCAAAGCCACAAGUCUGAAGUUUCUCUUGAGCAAGAACAUGGUCCAGUGAUUCCUCCUGGCUUGAUUGCCUCAUGAUGAAUCAGAGAUUUCUUCACUGGAGGUUGAAGGUGAAGCCUGGAGUGCCUUAUAAAAAUCUCCCUGGCUUCAUGCACUUCACUACUGCUGGUUUCUUGCUGUAGCUCCACCAUCCUGUGUGUAGAAAGGCCGGGAAGAUGACUAAGCUGGAAGACUACAUGGAGGGCAUCAUCAACAUCUUCCACCAGUAUUCCAUCCGGACGGGGAACUUUGACACCCUCUCCAAGCGUGAGCUGAAGCAGCUGAUGACAAAGGAACUUCCAAAUGCCAUCGAGAACACCAAAGAUAAAGCUGCCAUUGAUGACAUAUUCCAAGACUUAGAUAAAGAUAAAGAUGGACAGGUCUCCUUCGAUGAAUUCAUAGUUCUAAUAGCCAGAGUGCUGAAGACUGCACAUAAGGAAAUCCACCAAGAGCAGGAAGCUCCCGGGCUCUCCCAGUGAUGGCUCGAAGCAGACCUGUCUUCUCUUCACUGACGGCCAGGCUUGCCUGAGGGGAAGACUUAAUAAAUGUAUUCUUGAAAAGUUC